UGCAUCCUCAGCAUCCCUCCUUUUUUUGUUGUUGUUAAUUUUUAAAUUGAAACAGGGUUUCUUUAAAUUGCUGAGGCUGACCUCAAACUUGUGAUUCUCCUGCCUCAGCCUCCCAAGUCACUGGAAUUACAGGUGUGCACCACUCACUGUUCCUGGCUUCGCCCUAGAUUUUGAUGAUUAUGUGUGGUAGAAUUGGAAGAGGCUUGGAUAUUUACCAGAAAGUGCUAGAAUUGUGUGUAGUUGGUGAUAAGAUUGUGUAGGGCAUGUGGUGUGGAGGUUGUAUGCUGGAGUAUUCAUGAAUCUGGGUUUUGUCAGUAAUAAUUUAUAUUUUCAUUCAGCAGAUAUUUCUUAAGUACCUACCUCAUGCUGUAUCCCAUUUGAGGUACCAGAAAAGAUACAACAAUGAAGAGAGAAUGAAGAGAUCUUGCUCUAAUCAAGUUUCAAUCGGGAGCAGACAGUGAUAAAUACAUACAUAACAUAUUGGAAGGUGAUAAAUGCCCUGAUGAGAUAAGGAGGAUGUGUAAUACUUGAGAGGGGAAGAAAGUUUUUACUGAUAAGAUGCCAUUUGAGUUAAAACCUGAAAAAGUAAUAACCUGAAGUGAAGCUGUGUAGGCAGGGGAAGCAGCCAGGAGAAGGGGGAAUGCUUGAAAUGUUUGGGGAAUAACAAAGAGGCAGAUGUGGCUAGAGUAGAGAAAGUAGAUGGAAGAAAUAAUGUCAUAGAAGUACUGAGUCUUGCCUAUUAUACCUCAGCAAGAUGGGCAGCCAUUGUAAUGUUCUAAUCAGAGAGCAGAGGUAAUGCUGUCUUUAAAAAGAUCCCUUUGCCAAAAUGAGAAUAGAUGUGGAAGGGUAGAAGAAGCAGGAAGACUAGUUAGGAGGCUGAGUUAAUUCAGGCUAGAAAUGAAUGAGGGUGGCAGGGAUAUAUGAAUGUAUUUUUUGUUAUGUCAUCAAAGUAUAAUGGAUUCUGAACAGCUUUGAAGAUACAACCAGCAAGAUGUACUAGGCGUUGGAUGUAAAGUUUGAGAAAAGGGGGAGUCAAAAAUGAUUGAAACAUCUUUUGAUGAAGUGGCUUCAUAAAACUGUGGAGAAGACUUUCUAAGCAUUUAAGUGGAAAAAGCCCAGAUUGCCUUUCUUCAGGGGGAAAGGAAAGGUCAAGAAAAUUUGAAAAAGGAUCUGGUGAGGAGGAUCAAAAUGUUGGAAUAUGCUCUUAAACAGGAAAGAGCCAAAUACCACAAGUUGAAAUAUGGGACAGAAUUGAAUCAAGGAGAUAUGAAGCCUCCAAGCUAUGAUUCUGAUGAAGGUAAUGAAACAGAGGUGCAGCCACAACAGAACAGCCAGUUAAUGUGGAAGCAAGGUCGACAACUACUCAGACAGUAUCUUCAGGAGGUGGGUUACACAGAUACUAUUCUAGAUGUGAAAUCUAAACGAGUACGAGCUUUGCUGGGCUUUUCAAGUGAUAUCACUGACAGGGAAGAUGACAAAAAUCAGGAUUCAGUUAUAAAUGGCACAGAGGCUGAAGUUAAAGAAACAGCAAUGAUUGGAAAAUCUGAGUUAACAGAUUCUGCUUCUGUGCUGGAUAAUUUCAAAUUCCUUGAAAGUGCAGCUGCUGAUUUCAGUGAUGAAGAUGAAGAUGAUGAUAUUGAGGGAAGAGAGAAAAGUGUCAUUGAUACUUCAACAAUUGUUAGAAAAAAAGCAUUGCCUGAUAGCAGUGAAGACCGAGAUACAAAAGAAGCUCUGAAGCAGUUUGACUUCUUGGUUUCAUCAGAGGAAGGAGACAGUGAAUCUAGAAGUGCAGGCGAUGGAACAGACUGGGAAAAGGAGGACCAGUGUCUCAUGCCCGAAGCCUGGAAUGUGGACCAGGGAGUAAUUACCAAACUCAAGGAACAAUACAAAAAGGAGAGAAAGGGGAAAAAGGGGGUGAAGAGAAAAACUACCGAAGAUCUGUUUCAGCCUCUAUCCUAUAUAAAACAGUCAAAACAGGGAUGUGGGAGAAGGAAGAAUCAAAGCUCAGGGCCCAAUAGGUCAAAACUACAAGAUAUGCUUGCUAAUUUGAGAGAUGUUGAUGAACUUCCUUCAUUGCAGCCAUCUGUGGGUUCACCUUCCAGACCUAGCAGCUCCAGGCUUCCUGAGCACGAAAUUAAUAGGGCAGAUGAAGUGGAAGCACUGACAUUUCCUCCUUCUUCUGGGAAGUCAUUCAUCAUGGGAGCAGAUGAAGCCCUUGAAAGUGAACUAGGACUUGGAGAAUUAGCUGGCCUUACAGUGGCCAAUGAAGCAGAUUCACUUGCUUAUGAUAUAGCAAACAAUAAAGAUGCACUGAGGAAGACUUGGAAUCCUAAAUUUACAUUAAGAAGUCAUUUUGAUGGCAUUCGAGCGCUUGCUUUCCACCCCAUUGAACCUGUUUUGAUAACAGCAUCAGAGGAUCACACAUUGAAAAUGUGGAAUUUGCAGAAAACAGCCCCAGCCAAAAAGAGUACUUCUCUUGACGUAGAGCCUAUCUAUACUUUCAGGGCUCAUAAAGGUCCAGUGCUUUGUGUAGUAAUGAGCAGCAAUGGUGAGCAGUGUUAUAGUGGUGGUACUGACGGACUGAUCCAGGGCUGGAAUACCACUAAUCCCAACAUUGAUCCCUAUGACUCUUAUGAUCCUUCUGUUUUAAGAGGUCCUCUGCUAGGCCACACAGAUGCAGUCUGGGGUUUGGCAUACAGUGCAGCACAUCAGCGUUUGUUGUCCUGUUCAGCAGAUGGCACUCUUCGUUUGUGGAAUACAACUGAGGUGGCUCCUGCACUAAGUGUAUUUAAUGAUAAUCAAGAAUUGGGAAUCCCUGCCUCUGUUGAUCUAGUGAGCAGUGACCCGAGCCAUAUGGUAGCAUCAUUCAGCAAAGGGUAUACAAGCAUCUUUAACAUGGAAACACAACAACGCAUUCUUACUUUAGAAUCCAAUUUAGAUUCAACAGCCAACUCUUCCUGCCAAAUAAAUAGAGUCAUCAGUCAUCCCACUCUUCCAAUCAGCAUCACUGCUCAUGAAGACAGGCAUAUCAAAUUCUAUGAUAACAAUACAGGCAAACUGAUCCACUCGAUGGUAGCCCACCUAGAAGCUGUUACAAGUUUAGCAGUUGAUCCUAAUGGACUAUACUUGAUGUCUGGCAGUCAUGACUGUUCAAUACGUUUAUGGAAUCUAGAAAGUAAGACGUGUAUACAAGAAUUCACAGCUCAUCGGAAAAAAUUUGAAGAAUCCAUUCAUGAUGUAGCUUUCCAUCCAUCCAAAUGCUAUAUAGCCAGUGCUGGAGCUGAUGCCCUGGCUAAAGUCUUUGUAUGACACCAUGCAUCAUCUUCACGUCUAGCUCUUUAUUAAUAAUCAGCUGCACAAAAAAAAAAAAGAUACAUACAGAAGACCAGGGCAAGAAUCAACUCAUCAUGCCCUUUCGUUCUGCUGAAGGAGCACAGAGAACAUUUGUUAAAGUAUAGUUUUGCAAUUCGUAUACUGUUUUCUAAAAUUAAGGUUUGUUCAGGUUGCUGCAAGCUCAGCUGAAUCUUUGAGCCUGUAAACUCUUUCAAAAUUUCCCCCAAAGAUGCGCUUUUAUUUCUGAAGUUGUUCUAAUUCGCUAGGCAGGCCUGAGCGAAGAUAGAUUUAGCUUAUCCCUAUUGAGUAAAUAGGGCAUGCUAUAAGGGAUAAUUAAAAGCUGGAUGGCUGGGAAGGAAUAAAAGAAUGGAAACUUGGACCUACUUCUCCCCUGAGAAAUCUUAUUAAACACAUUAGGUAAUCAAAACAUUAAUCUUACUAUAUCUGCUGUGCUAACCCUGUUGUGUAUAAUGACCAGACAGUGUUAAAAGGAAUUUUUAAUUUAGCUCUUCUUCAGCUGCUUGCAUAAAGCACGUGAUAAAGCAUUUUACCUAUCGGGGGGAAAGAUGCAAUAAUAUGUUAAUUAUAUUAUUAUUCAGAAAUGCUAAACAAUUUUACUUUGCAAGCAGAUUUUUAUAUUGUAUUACAGUUUUGAAAGUAGAUUUGGUACCGUUGUAAAGUUUAGCUGUCAAGCACUCACCAUUAUAAAGAUAGUUGAUAGAGUUUGCUUUUACUAAAGGAUUAACUUAUUCAGGUUUGAGAUUCUGUUAUUUUUAAGGGCAAACAGGGCAUAGCUGUAUAAUAAUUUCUAUUUUAAAAUUCACCUUACUCAUGUGAUAUUUAAUAGUACCAGAGUGAUUAUCUCAUAUUGAUGAAAUCUACCAGUGAUUGAAAAACAUGGAAGUUAUUUGCUCGUAUUCAUUUGUCAAUAGCCACAUAACCAUGCUUCAGAUGAUCUAUGCUUUUUCUUUCUUGUCUCUCACAUUCAUGCUGACACUUACCAAAAAUAGUUCAUAAUUAUUAUGUUUUCAUAGUCCAGAGAAUAUGGUUAACUUCAGGCAGCUGCUUUCAGAGCAGUUAAGUAAAGCAAACGUACUCGCAUAAUUUCUCUAUUAGUAUCUCUGAGAAGAACCACCUCUUGGAAAUCUGAGUGGAAGAUUUUAUGCCACAUGUUGACCAAAAGAUCCUCUCUCCCUGCUCCUCCCCCUUGUUUAAUUGGAAUGCACUUUUUAAUGCACAGUGAAUCGGUAUUGUUCCCUGGGAAAACCAUGUCUUAAGAGACUGGGUUUCCCUGAGCCCACUUUACUUGUGACCCACAUGUGGUCAACUUUUGAGAUUCCUACUACCCUACUAUCUGGAACUAGUGCCCUACCAUGCAGAACCUUUCCCUAAACUUGUCAUGCUCUUCAUACUUUUUUCUUAUUUGCCCCAAAUGACAGAGAUCAAUCCAGAGAGUAAAAUAAAUUAUUAAUGUCUAACCAAAAUGUAUAUCCAGUAGACUAUCAGUCUUUUAUAUAUUAAUACAUAUACAUAUGUGUGUGUAUGUGUAUCCAUAAAUAUUUUAACCUAUUAAAAUAGUUCCUAUAUUUCAGCUAGGCACCAUCAUGCUUACCUGUAAUCCCAGCAGUUUGGAAAACUAAGGUAGGAAAGUUCGAGGCCAGCCUCAGCAGUUUAGUGAGAUGCUAUCUUAAUAAAAAAGGGCUGGGGAUAUCCUUCAGUGGUAAAAUGCCUCUGGGUUUGAUCCUCAUUACCAAAAUAAUAAUAAUCACAAUUCCUACAUUUCUAUCCCCAUAUAUUUCAUUAUAAUAGCAAUCUUCUGAUGUGUACAUUUUUCAAAGCAGAAACCUUGUGGUAAUGUGGACAAUAAUUGACAAUACUUUUUAAAAAAUUUUCUGCUUAUCUGCAUCUAGAAUUUUGUAAUAUACAGGCAAAUUUUCAUUAAAGUUAUAAGACCUGUGCUAUUUGCCUGAUUGUUACAUGGUCAUGCUAUAGUAUUUUGAUACAGCUUCUUUUUCAUCUCUGUGCUUUGGUUAACAUGUAGGUUUAAGAGACUUUUUUGUACAAUCGAGUGAAUUGACCUAGAAAUAAGCUACCAGAUGAAUGCUUAUCUUUCCAUGAAAAUAUAAAAUUCUACAUUGUGUUUUGUAAAUUGGAUUGUUCACAAAGUGAAGAAAGGGUGUUGCUAACUUAACAUUUGUAGAAUACUGGAAAAAUCCAGCCAGGUGCCCUUACAUGGUAUAUUUAUGAUUGAUGACUGCAAAGCUAUUGUUCCACUAGUUAUUGCUUUAAUUACCUUCCAAGGUCUUGAGUGCCUGCUUUACUUGUAUCACUGAAAUUCUGUAAACCAAGACACUUUUUUUUUAAUUCAUUUUAUGCCUCAUGGUUGAAGUUUUUCUGUUAGUGAAAAUUAACCAUGAGAUAUGCAAACUGUAAUGCAAAUAAUGGAUCUACUGGAAUUUCCUUAGGAAGCCAGUCCUGUGCCAUUGGAUACUCCAUAUAAAAAGAGAUUUUUCUACCCUUGCAUUGUAAGAUCUCAACUUAGAAAGGAACCUAAGCUAUCGUCCAGUGAGCUGGUAGCAUAUGCAUGUAUUUGACUUUUCCCCCCAGCCUAUUGAAAAUUUAAUAGAAAUUCACAAAAUGAACAAAUUCAAGAUUCAGUCAUUGAAAUGCUUUUAUAAUGGUUGAUUUGUAAAUAUUUUGGAUGAAAUGUAUUGGAAUAGUAUGAAAAUCAGCAGGUGGUAGGGUCCCUGCCUUAUUUUCAUUAUGCUGUGGAUACAUCUCUGGGAGCUUGCAGUACCCUUUUCAAAACUCAGCUGUCACAUGGAGCUCAUUUGCUGCUCAGACUAUAGACAAAUAUUUAACAUAAGUGAUAUAAUAACCUUCAGUAUUUUUCUAUUGAACAAGUUUAGCAGUUUUUGCCAUUAAACAGAUAAUUAGUUAUGCAAAGUAUUUAGCUUUUAUAAUCAUUUUAGUUAUGACUAAAAGGGGGAAAUCGAUCUGCAUCACUGAUAAUGAACUUUGUGAAAAAUUUUUGUUUAUCUGAUUAUCUGACUUUCAUUCCUUCAGUAUUCUUGCUAUAAAUUUGUUUUGGAGAUAAUGAUGAAGAUUUAUUUGAAAAUAUCUAAAAUGUAUGUAUAUUUUAUAAAUAUAUAUUAUAUAUAUUGUGUGAAUAUAUAUAAUAUAUAGACUAUAUAUAUAUAUAUAUAAAUAUAAACCAUAGGUGCAUUUUACUGUUUUUUAUUUUCAUUUUUGGAGGUAGUGUAACAGCAGAUUAUGAUGAGUGUUGUGCUAUUUGCUUUUGCAGUAUAAUAUAUAGUUCUAAAUGUUUAAAUUACUGUAUAUUCUAUAUUAAUUAUAGGCUAGCAUGCUUGUUUUGAAGACUGUCAUUCUAGUUUAUUAAAAUCUGAAUGUAAGAAAACCUGGCUAUUCAAAUGUGAAUUGAAAAAUAUUCCAUUCUCAGUACUGAACUAUUUCCAAUGAACAUUCAGGCUUUUUAACAAAAUAUACAUCAUCAAGAAGGCAAUAGUUAGAAAAUGAGAGGUGCCUUUAAAAUAUAUAUAUAUACAAAUGCAGCCUUACAGUGAGGAUGAAGAUUGAGUUUGUGUAAGGGGGUGGGGGUGGGGGGACAGUGAGAGAGAGUGUGUGUUUGUCAAUCUGUGAAGGUCCUGAUUUGUGACCAUCAGUGUCUUUUUUAAUGUAAUGCUCAACCUCUAGGACUUCAGGGGACAUUUCAUGCGCUGUCUUUGUGCUCUUCCGAGCACCUUAUGUACUUUCAAGAAUUUUGAAUGUGAAUUCCUAGAAAUUUUAGUAAGAGAAUAAAUAUCUACUCUUUAAUCAUAGUCAAGUUCAGGUAAAAGAAAAGUUUUUGGUUCACCAAAAUUAGGGGAUCUCAUUAAUGUUUAAUUUUUUUAAAGGCUUGCUGUUUUAGUACUUCAUGUGUUUCCCCUUACAUAAAAGCAUGUCAUGAAAUUGUUACAUGAUUCAGAUUCAGAUAGUAAAAAUUAUUUUUAAACACCUGAACUAGUUAAAACUCCACCUGAGAAUUGUCUUGAAGAAUUUAAAUGGCAUCUCUCAUAUCUACCUCGUUGUUGCUGCCAUUUUAACUAAAGCAAAUUUUUAUGACAUCUGAAAUGAUAGUUAGAUGCAAUUUAAAAAUCAUGUUGGUGCUUUUCUCAGGCUUUAUCAUUUAAGUUGUAUUGUCACAAAUCAGAUUGAAAGGUUUAGAAUCACUCUUAGUUUUCCUUUGAAAGAAUAGCUUAAAAUUAACCAUCAGUGUUGUGAGUGGAGGUUAUCUCUGGUUGUGUAUGUCUGUGUGAUGUUUUCAACCAAAAGACAAAAUUGUUAUUGAAUUUACAUGAAAAGAGUCCUAAAUGUAAUUUUAUUCAGCUUCCUUUAUUCUUUGAAAGCUGUUUCCAAACUAUUAAGUACAUUAUCCUUCAUUUUAUUUACUCAGAAGUUGCCUCUAACUGCUAUGUUACUUGUUUUUGUAUGUAAUUGCAGUACUUUGAGUGUUCGACACUGGGAUUCUGGUUGUACAAAAAUAGUAGCUGAUCGAAAUAUGUAUAUUUUUGUGAAAUGUAUUAAUUCCUAAAAUCCAUUUUUGGGGAAGAUCCAGAAACUAACAUAUCUGUGUUUAAAAACAAAGAAUAGGUCAUAGUACUUUAUUUGAAUCAUUUUUAUUUUUGCCACUAAAAGCUUUUAAUAGGCCAUAUUUGUCAUCCAACUGGAUCUCCAUAUCAGUAUAAGGAAUUUCAUGUUGACAAAGUAUUUAACAGAUCCUUAACAUCACUUUUAUUUUUAUAAUUAAAAAAAGUGAAUGUUAGACCAAAAGAAACCCCUAGAUUCCACCCAUUUAUUCUAGCAGUAUUCCUCAAGUGGUGCCAGAGAGGUUGGAGUUUUCUGGAUCUUUACUAGUCAAGUUUUAGAUUUGACUUAACUGGGACCACAAACUUGUCAUCCCUCUGAUGCAAAUUAGAAGGUUCAUUUUAAUUGAGAUUAAUGUCUGCCUGCAUUUUUUAACAGGCUGUGAACCAGUGAGUGCCUUGUUAAUGUAGAAUGAUUUUUCCCCUUGUUGAGUGUUAGCUCUCUUCGAAAAUGUCUCAGAGAAUGGUGUUAUAAUUGACUUGUGGAGAGCUGCUAAAUUUGGUAUCAUCAGCAUGAGAAAGUCUUUGGUCUGCCACAUACUCCCUUCCCUGCUUUCUCCUCAUUGUUGGGCUGAAGUUGGCCUCUUGUGAAUAAACAAAUACAACCCCCCCUUCUCCACUCACUUUUUUCAGUCCAGAUUAGGAGGUAUCCCCAUACCCAUCCCAACUAUAUGAUCCAAUUCCUGUUUUUAGGAGGAACCACUUCUUUGUAAUACUAAGUCUAAUGGUUAUUUUAUGUCUUCUCAACUUUAGUUUACUAGAGCUGAUCUCAGGGUAUCAUCAGUUCAGUUUCCUGAGUAACCCUUGCUCUCCACACCUAAGCCCCCAACUGGUGAGCCCUGGGCCUAAUUGUUUGAUCUUCAGGUAUUUUAAAUUUUAGUUAAAGUAUCAAUUAAUGUAAAUUAAUCCAAAUGCUAAUUUUUGUGGUGCAAAAAGUUUCUUUUGUAAAUUCAGGGUAUGGAUAAGCUAAUGAUGAUAAUCCAUUUUUGGUGGCUCUAAGUGUAUUAUUUGUUUUUAAAUAAAAUGUACAAAUAUAGAUAAUAUGCUAUAGGUGUCUCAUGAAUUGGAAUAUUUGUCAGAUUUGAAAUCUAGCUUUGACUUUGCAAUCAGUUAAAAUGCUUUAAUACAAUCUAAUUUGGGGUUUUUAUUGAAGAGGUAUUAGAAGGGUGCAGAGAAGCCAAAAGGGUAUAAGAUAAAGUAAAUAUGAAUCCAAAGUAAUGAAACAGUCUUAGUUAUUGAUUGCAAGAAAGAUGGAGAAAUUUAUCAUUAGAGAAUUUGAGGCUUUAGAAAGACAGUCAAAUUAUCUCUUAAGAUUGGGUCAGUGAUACUUUGAGGGAUAUAUGUAUAUUUAACAAAUAGGUUUUGUGAUUUUCAAGUGUUAAAUAAUUUUUUAAUUAUACACCUAUAUAUAUAAAUUUUUUUUUUUUUUUUUUUUGGCUUGGUUUCUUGACAGACAACCAGGACUUCCUUGCCCUCUGCCCCUUUGGAUCAUUACUAUUCAAAAGCUUUGCUUGUCUAGAACUCAAGUUGUCUUUGUUGUAAUCUAGAGCCACAAUACAAAUAUGGAAUCUAAAAUGUACCUGUUCUGGUAUUUUUGAAACUACUCUUUGUGUUCUGCAUGCUGUUGCAGUAGCAAGUAUUAUAUCCUUCAGUAUAUACACAUAUUUUUUCAGUAGUAUCGGAAACGUCCUUUUUAAUGAAAACUGAGACGUUAUUUGCUGGAGUAAUUUUGAAAUAAUCUAAUUCACAUGGUCAGAAGGACUCAAAGUUACAUAUGAAUUGAUGGAUGAACUCUUUGGGGUUAGUCUAGUGUUAGAGUAGAAGUCUGACCUUGAGUUUCACGAGACCACUGGGUUUUUGAAGGGUCUCAGCAUUGUCCUAGGACUUAACAUACUCCCAGAAACAUUUGAAAGUUUGGCAUACCCUUUAAUACAGACCCCACAAUCACAAAGCAUCCUCCACUUAUUAACUUCUCAGUUCCAAUGACUAGGACAUUCAGUUUUCUAUAAAGAUACACUGACAUAGAGCUCUCAGAUUCAAAAAAUUGGAAUCCAUAUUUUCCGGAACAGAAUUUUUUUUUUUUUUUCAGUAUUGGGAAUGAAUUCAGGGCCUUGUACACAGGCAAGCACUCUACCACUGAACUACUCUUCUGGCCCUUCGGGAUAGAAACUUUAAUUUUGUACAUUCUUUGUACUUGCAAAACCAAACAAUCCAAAAAUGUGCCAAAGAGAAAAUGACUCACUUUAAGUAUCGCUUAACUCCUACAAAAACUCUGCUCACCCUUAGUCUUAGUUGAUAUUAGACUGAUUGAUAUUAGAUUAGUUGAUAUUAGACUGAUUGAUAUUAGAUUAAAAAUGGCUUCAAACUUGAAGAAGGAUCAGGUUAUUUGAGAGCAGAAUCUGCAAUAUCCUACUAUUUCAUAGAAAAUUCUCUCAUCCUUGGUAAUUAGUCACCUACCUUACAUGGGAGAGACUGGUCUAGAUGCUAACUCCACAUUGAGUUUUCCUGUGUACUUCUUUAGGAAGCUAAUUAGCCCAGUAGUGUAAAGAACAUCCCACAGUUAGACAUGUUAACUAGCACUUGGCGUACUAGAAUUGGUAUUAUUAAUUCAUGUGCCAUAUUUUUUUUCCUGCCCUCGUAAGAUCCAGUGUUAUGUUCCAGAUUACUAAUCUAUUAUCUCAAACCAAAGAUAGGUAAUAGAAUCAUCAAAUUAAGGAUAGUGGUAGGAAAACUCAAAAAUCACUCACAAAUAAGAAUUCUAAAACUGGAAACAUUAAAAAAAGUUUGCACAGAAAGCAAACUUUACAUUAAUCAUGAAUUGUAGAAAUAAGCUUAUAGAUUUUAUAUAAUGUGCUGAAAUGUUAAUUUAUAUAGACUUUCAACUACUCCUUCCUAUGGAAUUGGGAACAAGACUGUAAUUUUUCAUACAUAAAGAUAACUUCUUCUAGAGCAAAAGUCAUUUCAUCAGAAAGUUUACUUUGGGUGCUAAAUAACUUGGGUGAAGUUGUGAAAAUAAGUACUACACCAAACUGAAAAAGAAGCUAGCCCUGUAAACUGGGCCACAUUGUCUUCCAUUUCUCCUCAAGUAGACUGGAAAGAUGAUCACUUUUGACCUCAAAAAGCAAACAGCUCCAAUCUGGGCACAGUGACACACACCUGUAAUCCCAGUAGCUCAGAAGGCUGAGACAAGGAGGAUUGUGAGACCCAAACUCAAAAAUAAAAGUUUAAAAGGGACCAAGGAUGUAGCUCAGAGGAAGAGUACCCAUAGAUUUGAUGCGCGCGCGCACACACACACACACACACACGCGCGCGCGCAC